GCAGCGAAGCAAAAGCCACGCACGCGGCGCCUGACAUGUAACAGGACUAGACCAUCUUGUUCAUUUCCCGCACCCCCUCCUCUCCUCUUCCUCCAUCUGCCUCUUUAAAACAGUAAAAAUAACCGUGCAUCCCCUGGGCAAAAUCUCUCCCAUACAUACACUACAGCGGCGAACCUUUCCUUAUUCUCGCAACGCCUCGGUAACGGGCAGCGCCUGCUCCGCGCCGCGGUUGCGAGUUCGGGAAGGCGGCCGGAGUCGCGGGGAGGAGAGGGAGGAUUCGAUCGGCCAGAAUGGGGAGGGGGCGCAGCGAGAUAAAGAGGAUAGAGAACCCCACGCAGCGGCAGUCCACCUUCUACAAGCGCAGGGACGGCCUGUUCAAGAAGGCCAGGGAGCUCGCCGUCCUCUGCGACGCCGACCUCCUCCUCCUCCUCUUCUCCGCCUCCGGCAAGCUCUACCACUUCCUCUCCCCCACCGUCCCCUCCGUGAGGGAGUUUGUCGAGAGGUACGAGGCCACCACGCACACCAAGGUUUGGGCAGAUAUCAGGCAGGAGAGGCGCGCCGAGCUGGAGAAGGUGGGCAGCAUGUGCGACCUCCUGGAGAAACAGCUGAGGUUCAUGACGGUGGACGACGGCGAGGAGUACACGGUGCCGUCGCUGGAGGCGCUGGAGCACAAUCUGGAGGCCGCCAUGCGCAAGGUGCGCUCCGAGAAGGACCGCAAGAUCGGAGGCGAGAUCUGCUACCUCCAGAACAUUAUUAGGGGGCGACAAGAGGAGCGGUACGGGCUGUGCGACAAGAUUGCUCAUGCACAGACUCUGAAGGAUGUGGAAUGUGGAUCCACCUCACUAAGCAAUGGCUUGGACCUUAAACUGGGUUAGUCAUACGACUGAAUCAUGUACCUUAUGUAUGAAUUGGGUGAUCCGAUUGUAUUUGUACCUUACAAACCUCGGUAUUAUGCAGGGUUCAACUAGAAACAGAUGGACGCUUGACGUUCAGAUUUCCUUUAUUGCUGCUUAGAGCCAGUGUUCUAUUAUGAAAGAUUAUGCUGAACUUUUCCGGGGUUAAGCAAUAUCUAGAAGUGUUUGCGGCAAGAGCUCAUCUUUUGUUUCCUGAUCUCAUGGGAACUCUCUGCACGGCGUCAUGUAUUAGGCGAAUAUUAGCAUCACAUCGGAAACUACUGAAUAUUACCUUCGUCAA